AUGGAACCCGCAGGAGCUCAGAAAGACCUCAGCGACCAGGUCUUCAUCCUGGUCACCGGCGCCAACAGUGGCCUCGGCUUCUCCAUAUGCUGUCGGCUAGCCGACGAAUUUCUCAGCUCUCCCGCCAACGCGCAAAAAUCCCUAACAGUGGUCUUCACAACGCGCAGCACAAAAAAGGGGACCGACACCCUCCGCCGCCUGCAAGACCACCUCCGCGCCAACCCCGCGCCCCGCAAAGACCAAGUGACCUUCCUCCCCGAGAACGUCGACCUUUCGAACCUGCUCUCCGUGCGCGCCCUCUCCCGCCGUCUCAACAGCACCCUCCCCAAACUCGACUCCAUCAUCCUCAAUGCGGGCGUUGGCGGCUGGACGGGCAUCGACUGGCCCCGCGCUAUCUGGGGCGUUUGCACGGACCUUGUCCAUGAGGUCUCUUGGCCUUCGUACAAGGUUGCCCCCGCAGGCAUGGUCACCGAGUCGCAGAUUCCACAAGGCGAGAAGGACGGAGUGGUGGAGGGGGAGGUAGAGGAACCCCGGCUGGGGUCUGUCUUUUGCGCGAACGUCUUCGGACACUACAUGCUUGCGCACAACGUUAUGCCGCUCCUGCGUGCCUCCAACGACGAUACGUCUACUUUCAGCGGCCGCAUCAUCUGGGUAUCCAGCCUCGAGGCUUCCAAAAAGCACUUCAACAUCGACGACCUGCAAGGCCUGCGCACGACAGCACCCUACGAGUCGUCCAAAGCCCUCACCGAUAUCCUAGCCCUCACCGCUGAUCUCCCAUCCACAUCUCCCUGGGUCAACAGCUUCUACUCCACCACAACCCCCACCCCAAACCCCACCCCCUCCACCAAAGAACCCCAAACCCCCAAACCAACAACCCACCUCUCCCACCCCGGCAUCUGCGGCACCUCCAUCCUCCCCCUCUCCCCGCCCCUCUUCUACAGCAUGCUCAUCGCCUUCUGGCUAGCCCGCAUGCUCGGCUCCCCCUGGCACAACAAGACCCCCUACAUGGGCGCCUGCGCGCCCGUCUUCCUCGCGCUCGCAGCGCAGUCUGUCCUCGACGACAGCGAAGCGCCCUACCGCGCGCACGGCGGCUCGCGCGUGAAAUGGGGCUCGUCGUGCUCGCGGGCCGGCGUGAACGCUGCUGUGUCGACUGAGGUGGACGGGUGGGGGCAUGGGGGUGUUGUUGGGAAGCCUGUUGUUGAGGAGGAUCGGCUGAGGAGGCGGAAGAGGGGCGAUGCGGAUUUGGGAAGCGAGGAGAAGGAGGAGUUUGUGGAGUUGGGGAGGAGGUGUUGGAGGGAGAUGGAGGUUUUGAGGGGUGUUUGGGAGGGCGUUUUGGAUAGGGUUGAGGGGGGGAGGGUUUGA